AUGGAUGUGAUUUUUCUUCCUGAUACUGAAAGGAUAGGUGAGGAACAUGGAAUGCCACCACACCAAAUAGCUGCUCCUUAUUGUAGUGGCAUAGGUUUUUGCCUUUCUCCUACGGUGGUUGUUGAACCUUUUGUCUUCAUACUAAUCAUGAUAUAUGCGAUGAAGCAUCUUUUGAAGCCUGCUUUCACAAUUAUACGAGAUAAAGACUCAAAAUGUUUCCUUCCAUUGAUUCGUGGUACUCAUAGCAUUAAAGAUACACUAACAGCAGCAACUGGAGCGGUGGUCCCUUUUCACCACUCAGUUUUACAUGAUGGUGGAAUAAGCAAUUUAGUUUUAGGAUAUGCUCAUUGUGGAAUGGUUGCUGCUGCUCGUUGGAUUGCAAAGCUUAGCAUUCCUUUUCUGCUCAAAGCUCUUGAUAAAUAUCCUGACUACAAAGUUAAGAUUGUUGGGCAUUCACUUGGUGGUGGUACUGCUGUGCUGUUGACAUAUAUUUUACGAGAACAAAAAGAAUUAUCCUCGACGACUUGUGUCGCAUUUGCCCUAGAUAUGUACUGA